AUGGCUAGGGAAUGUCGCAAGAAGAAGCACGAUAACAAAACUAGUGCAGAAGGUGCAAACGCUAGUGACUGCGCCUUCAUUGUGUCGACCAAUCAGAAGGGAGCUAAAAAUGGCGAAUGCCUAGACAAACUUGGGAGACAACUACUAAGUAGUGACAUAAGAGAUAUUUGGAUAGCCGAUAGCGGUGCUUCACGCCACAUAACCUUCCGGCUCGACUGGUUCACAGAGUUUCAAGCGAGAGAUGGAGAUACUGUCGCACUUGGAGAUGACGGUAUUUGCGAAGCGAAAGGUACAGGGACAAUUUGUAUUGAAACCAUGAUCAACGGCGUAUGGACAAAGUCACGUCUUGAGAAUGUCCUUUAUGUACCAGCUCUACGAAAAAACUUAUUCUCGAUUAUCUCAAGCGUGGGAAAAGGUUACAGAGUGGUGUUUAAUCAAGAACACGUCAUUCCUACGCGAUAA